ACUAGAUCAUGCACCCAAGUCUUAUGAAACCCAGCGCUAAUGUUACGUUAUGCCGUUGUAUACAGCAUGUAAUUUUUUGUACUACAGGUACUUAAAGUAUCGUCAGGCCGUUACUUUACGAUAGUAGUAGUACUUGCUUGCAAAUUGCUAGGCCAAGCAUGGGCCAAGCAUGCCGGAUGCCAUGGCAAAGGCCCUCCUAACGUUAGUUUAGUUGGUCCGUCCGUGGUUGGUCAGACGGUAGUCUUUACCGUGUCUACUUUCCAUGCUUUCGCAGUUUCGGGGCUAGCCUACAAAAAAAAAUUAAUAGUGGAGCGCAACCUGAUAAGAAGACUUAAAAGAACCGGUAACCCUUCCGGGUCAGCCUACAUCAUCAGAUCAUUGGCAUGAUUGAUUGGAAUUUGUUGAACUUUAGUCUUGAAUGAACUUGAAGAACAACAUUUAUCAAUAGGGCCUAAUACACAGUAAUAAUAGCGAACAUUACUCCGGCCUGAGGAGUCACAAUGUAUGCCUCAUCACUUCUACUCUGUGCACGUGGUAAGCGGUGCAUCGUCAGACUGUUACAGAAUGGGAUGUUUGUUCAAAGUGUGCCCAGAUGGCAGGCUGUCAGUGUCAGAGGAAUCCAGUCCGUCAAGCUUUCUAAAUCGUCAUCAUUAUCGAGAAUGCUAUCACAGCAUUUUACACGCAGGCCUAGCCGUAUAACGAAACAGUUGCCCGUCACAAUCUGUGCGGGCUCUUGGAGGACGUAUUCAUCAUCCGAAGACAAAUCGGGGUUAGACUCAUCACUUACCACACAGGAGCUUACGACGAAAGCUAUGGUGCCUAAACUGUCUGAAAUGAGCAGGCUGAUGUCUCUAGCUAAACCGGAGGCAACACGAUUAAGUGUGGCCAUAGUUCUGCUGGCCUUCUCGAGCGGUGUGACCAUGUCCGUGCCCUUUGCCUUGGGCAAGGUCAUCGAUGUCAUCUACAGUGGCUCAUACAGUGGUGUCGGUAGCGGCGACAUGAUGACCAACCUCACGUAUCUGUGCGGCAUCCUGUCCACCGUGUUCCUGCUGGGAGCAGGCGCCAACUUCGGCCGAGUGUAUCUGAUGUACACGUCGGGGGAGCGUGUGAUCAAACGUUUACGGGAAUCCAUCUUCAACUCUGUCGUGAAGCAAGAGAUUGCCUUCUUUGACAAGACCCGGACUGGGGAGCUCGUGAAUAGACUGUCCACAGACACGACUGUCAUUGGGAAUGCAGUGACAACCAACAUCUCAGACGGAUUGAGGGCCCUUGCCCAAGCCAUAGGGGGUGUGGGCAUGAUGUUUUACACCUCAGUCAAACUGGCUACCAUUGUCAUCAGCAUAGUGCCCCCUGUGGCCGUCAUCGCUGUCAUCUACGGCAGAUUCCUUCGCAAGAUCUCCAAGCAAGUGCAGGACUCACUGGCCAAGUCUACCGAAGUUGCUGAAGAAAAGAUCAGCAGCAUUCGCACAGUGCGGGCCUUCGCUCAAGAGAAUCGAGAGAAACGGGCUUACUCCGACGCUGUUCAACACGUGCUGGAUCUGGCCACCAAAGAGUCCUUUCUGUGGGGAGCAUUCUACGCAGUGAUGGGCCUGUCCAGCAAUUUGAUCAUCCUAGCCGUGUUGUAUAAUGGCGGCACCAUGAUGAGCGAUGCUCAGAUCACUGUGGGCAGCCUUUCCUCAUUUCUGCUCUACGCUGCCUACGUCGGUAUAUCCGUUGGAGGCAUCAGUUCUUUCUAUUCGGAGCUGAUGAAGGGUCUUGGGGCAAGCACGCGGCUCUGGGAGAUCUUGGACAGGAAGCCAGCCAUUCCUCUCUCAGAUGGUCUUGUCCCCAGUAGUUCGGCGCUCCAAGGGCACAUCGAUUUCAAGAAUAUCUAUUUUGCCUACCCACUGAGGACUGACCAACCAAUCUUUAAGGAUUUGAGUCUUUCUGUGCCUGCUGGCUCCGUCACUGCCGUCGUCGGGUCGAGCGGAUCAGGAAAGUCCACUCUCGGGUCCCUGCUGCUGCGAUACUACGAUGCAGACCAAGGUCAGAUUUUGCUGGACAGUACAGACAUUUCAACGCUGAGCCCAGAAUGGCUACGAUGUCAGAUAGGAACAGUCAGUCAGGAACCAAUAUUGUUCUCAACGACCAUCGGGGAAAACAUUGCCUACGGUGCCAACGACCCAGAAUCGGUCACGUCGGAGGAGCUGGUGGCUGCAGCUCGGACGGCCAAUGCCCUGGGUUUCAUCCAGGCAUUCCCUGAUAAGUUUGACACGGUGGUCGGGGAGCGAGGCCUGAUGCUCUCAGGGGGCCAGAAGCAGCGUAUUGCUCUAGCCAGAGCAAUUCUCAAGAACCCUAAGAUUCUGAUAUUGGAUGAAGCCACAAGUGCCUUGGAUGCAGAAAGCGAGUACCUGGUCCAGGAAGCACUGCAACGGCUAAUGGUUGGCCGGACAGUCAUCACCAUCGCCCACCGCCUCUCCACCAUCAAGCGGGCCGACAAGAUCGCUGUGCUGGACAAGGGGAGUGUGGUGGAGCUGGGCAGCUAUGAGGAGCUGAUGAGGGUGGAAGACGGUGUCUUUCGGAAGCUGGUUGAGCGACAGACGGUCAUGAACUGACGGCUUGUGAGCACUCUCUUUUUGUUUUGUAUUUUGACUGAGAACCAUGGGUGGCCUGUGUUUGAGGAGAGUGAAUUAUGCAUGAUUUAACUGGCAUCGGUUGAGAGAGUGUGGCCUAGUGGUUAAUCACUAUUAUGCUGUUAUACCAGGCUUAUACCAGGCAUGGAAUUGGUUUGGUCAAAAAUACAGACUAUUUUAAACAAUACCCCAAUCCCAGUCCUUUAAAAAGUUGCGCCUGGUGUCCUGACCCUUGGUGGUCCCUGGUGCAAGAUUUGUGCAACAUUUUCUUACCACGUCACCACUUCUUUGAAACUCAAAGCUUUAGUCGCGGAAUAUUUGUCACAAUGCCCAGCAUACUGGAUUCACCAGAACAUUUGUUCAAACAUUCUGUGUUAUCACACAGGAAAUCCCUUUGUGUUGGCACAUUUCAUGUGAAGUAAGUUUUGUGACUCUUGACUAGGGCCGAGGGGUUCAAAUCCAGCUGUUGUCUUGAUGUUGUGUCCUUGGGCAAGCCACAAGGAGCUGAUGAGGGUGGAAGAUGGUGUCUUUCAGAAGCUGGUUGAGCAGCAGAUGGUCAUGAACUGACAACUAAGGUUUUUGACUCUUGACUAGGGCUGAGGGGUUCAAAUCCAGUUGCUGUCCUUAUGUUGUAUCCUUGGGUAAGCCACUCCACCCCUACUUGCUUUUCUCCACCUGGGAGUAUUCUUGGUCCAGAGUCUGGGUAAGAAUGGGCCAUUUUGAGUAAUUGAGUGUGUGAAAAUUCAACUGUCUCUUUGAUUAAAUGUUCUGUUAUACAAAGUAACAACUUAAGCAGAAACAAAAUCCAGUUUUUUUAAACAAAUAAGUAAAAGCAGAAAACUUGAAGCAAAAGGACUUUUUAGCCUUAUUGUUGGGCAUAUCGUUACCGUCACCACAAACUAAUACAAAGAACUAUUGCAAGCACCCUUUCCCAAGAAAUUUGCAGUUUCCAUGAUUUCACGAAGUGACAUACAUAACUUAUGAGAACAUUCUUGUUUUCACGAAAUGAAACCUUUAAUUUUACAAGUUAAAAGAUUUUACAUUCUGUAAUCCAGAAGUAUAAGAAGGGAUAAUUCUUGUGAAACACUCGGCAGUAUUUCUCUCUCAGCUGUACAUCCAAAACAUGCAUAUUAGCGUGCCAAGUGCACACACAUACCUCCUCUUUGGUUUGUGAAUCCUCAACUUUUGAUGGUAGUUUUCAGGAAGUGUACCAAUCCAGGAUUUCUGCAUUAGUUCAUGAUGUCGGUGACGAUAUGCAUUCUGCUGCCUUGAAGUUCAUCUAAAUGUGUUUUUAGAAUGCACAUACUUAUAUCGUGUUAGGUCAACUGUGGGAAGAUGACAGGGUUUCCCCUCUGCUCCAGCACAGAACUUUUUGCAAAUGGUCUUUCUCAACGUCACCAAUAUUCCUUGAACUUCUGCACUUGUGUACAGUGAUGCAGAGAAACAUGAACAUUUUUGUGUGUCUGCUCAGAGCUAUCACGGUAGCUUUCCUUUAUAGUGCCGCUACCUCAGAACAACUGGCACAGCGGGUUAACUGUUGGUUGAGUUCAUCACCAGUCAUUUUUGGUGGUGUGUUUUUAGCUUAUAAUACAAAUCAACAGCUGUUUUGACCAGGGAUUUAUAAGAUGCCAAGGCGUUUACUAGUCAGUUCAUUAGCAGUGUUUGAAAUUGUCCGUGUACCUUAAGAAACAAAAUGUUGACACUGAUUUGUUUUAAUUUCUCAGGAGGCGGGGGAUGCUACCAGAAUGAAUAACAGGACGAGUUUGUAAACUGUAAACCAAGCAAUUCGUUACAAGAAGGACUUCUUACUUUUUAAUAAUAAUUGUUAGAGAACAACUGCAAUAACUCCAACUAGAGUAGAGAAGUUGUUAAAACAAAUGCAGUUCAUUUUAAUAUUAGUUUUCAUAUAACAUUACAGUUAUAAAAAAAAUGACAAUUUUUUAAUGGAUGAAUGUAUGCCCAGCAGCUGCAUUUCCUGUGGAGAAAUGAAGAUUAGGAAUAAAGAGUUUAUGUCUAAAAGAUUGGA